CUUCCGGGUGGGGCCCCGGGCAGAGGCGAUGGCGCCCUGGGCGCUCCUCAGGCCUGGGGUCCUGGUGCGGACCGGGCACACCGUGCUGACCUGGGGGAUCACGCUGGUGCUCUUCCUGCAUGAUACCGCACUGCGGCAGUGGGAAGAGCAGGGGGAGCUGCUCCUGCCCCUCACCUUCCUGCUCUUGGUACUGGGCUCCCUGCUGCUUUACCUGGCUGUGUCACUCAUGGACCCGGGAUACGUGAAUGUCCUGCUCCAGCCCCAGGAGGAGGCCAAGGAAGAGCAGACAGCCAUGGUUCCUCAGGCCAUCCCCCUUCGGCGCUGCAGAUACUGCAUGGUGCUGCAACCCCUGCGGGCCCGUCACUGCCGUGAGUGCCGUCGUUGUGUCCGCCGAUAUGACCACCACUGCCCCUGGAUGGAGAACUGCGUGGGGGAGCGCAAUCACCCACUCUUCGUGGCCUACCUGGCGCUGCAGCUGGUGGUGCUUCUGUGGGGCCUGUACCUGGCAUGGUCUGGCCUCCGCUUCUUCCGGCCUUGGGGGCUCUGGCUGCGGUCCAGUGGGCUCCUGUUUGCCACCUUCCUGCUGCUGUCGCUCUUCUCCCUAGUGGCCAGCCUGCUCUUGGCCUCGCACCUCUACCUGGUGGCCAGCAACACCACCACCUGGGAGUUCAUCUCCUCACACCGCAUCGCCUACCUCCGCCAGCGCCCCGGCAACCCCUUCGACCGCGGCCUGACCCGCAACCUGGCCCACUUCUUCUGUGGAUGGCCCUCGGGGUCCUGGGAGACCCUCUGGGCUGAGGAGGAGGAAGGCAGUAGCCAGGAUGUUUAGGGUUGCUAGAGGCCGGGCCACCAUCUUGUGCCUGAAAACCAGAGGGGCUGCACCCGGGGUCGUCAGCCCUCCGAGGGCCUGGGGCUCCUCACUCCUGCCCACUCCUCCCAGGCCUCAGAGUGGAGCUGAAGGACAGAACCCUGCCUCAAAGGCAGAAGAGGAGGAAGAGGACCCAUGGUGGGGCUCGGGCACAAAGGACCUGGGCUGCGGAGACUUCCACCCUCCCUGCCCCCCAAGCCAGGCUGCGUCCAAUGCACAGUUUUGUAAAUUUAAUAAUUCAUAAAGCAAGUCAAGUAUUCAAAAAACAAA